UAGAUCAUUAUUCGUUUUAACUGCCUUUACUCAUUAAUAUUCUGCUUGGAUUGUCAUCAUCAUCUGAAAAUCAGUAAUUUGUCCUUGCAUGUGGACUUUUUGAUUUCUUUUUAAUGUAUAUGUUAAAUUGUCCGCAGAAUACAGAAACGCACUUAAAUCAUGCAGUUAUUUUUGAAGACGCAGGGUUGCGCGAUUGAAUCAUUAGCUCGCCAGGGGGCUGAUUCGAUUAAACCUUUCGGUUAGUACUGAGCAAAUUUCCUGCAUUUUUCGAAUGCCAGGUUUUUGCUGAAAAGCUUUGACUCACUCUGCAAGUGCACGAGACAAGAAAAAAAAAGUUUAGGCGGCUUUCGUUCUAAUUCUCACUGAGAACUUGUAGUCCGCUUGGGGCGCUCUUGCUCGUGGACUUGUAAUGCUUCGGCGGCUCAAGUCGGAUCGGUGAUAUUUACACAAUCUUUAAAAGCAGAGGGGGUGUUCCCAAAGUCUCUGAACCUCUCAAACUUGCUCAUUCUCGGUCAGAGACCACUGAAAAUGGAUCUUGGCAGAGCCGUUGCUCUUCUCCUAUGGUUUUCUUUUCACUUUGGACAUGUUCUCGAGGCUGUGGUGUUUGGAUCAAAGCGGCACCCUCUGAGUGCAGAUGAUAACGGGCUAAACCUGCGCGUGGGGGUACGCAGACAGAGGCAGUCGGCGCCGAGGAACGGCACUGUGGUGCCCCACGAGUAUAUGAUGUCGCUAUACAAGACCUUAUCAGAGAUCCAAAAAAAGGGUUUCAACUCCAGCUUCGUUCGUACCAGGAGGCAUGCCAACACAGUCACAAGCUUUGUGGACCAAAGCAAAGAUAACCUCUCAGCCGAUCCAGCUCAGCGGUACUUGUUUGAUUUGUCAGCUUUAUCUAAGACAGACGAGUUUGUGGGAGCAGAGCUUCGCAUUUUAAGGAAACCUCCCCCCAACCUGCCUUUAUCCCUUUCUCAAGGUGGAAAUCUGUACCGAGUGAUUUUGUAUUCAUGCACAGAGGGAAAGGCCAGACGGUACCUCUUGGAUUCAAGGACCGUGGAUCUGUUGGACAUGGAGUCAGCCAAGUGGGAAGUUUUUGACAUCUGGGAGGUUAUGAAAGGCCAGAAAGGGAGUUACAGGACAAACAACCUCUUGUGCUUUGAUUUGGUUGUUGUUGCCGAGGCUUCAAAGCGGGUGUCUCGGCCUCAGGAUGUAGGUUUUGCUCGUCAUGCUCAGCAUCCUCAAGAAAAGGCACUUUUGGUGGUUUUUACUCACUCGAAGAAAAAAGAGAAUCUUUUUAAGGAAAUAAGAGACAAACUAAAAUCUAUGGGGGGCUUGGCUUUCUUGGAUCCUCCAGACUCUGGUCAGGGAUUUUCCCAAACGAGGCACCGGCGCAGGAGGAGGACAGCAAUUUCUGCCAGGUCAGGAGGUGGUGGUGGAGGGAGAGGCCAUGGGAAAAGGUCAAAAACACGAUGCAGUAGGAAGCCCCUCCACGUUAACUUCAAGGAGUUAGGCUGGGACGACUGGAUUAUAGCACCAUUGGAUUACGAGGCAUACCACUGCGAGGGAAUUUGUGAUUUCCCAUUAAGAUCUCACCUAGAGCCCACAAACCAUGCAAUAAUUCAGACUCUAAUGAAUUCCAUGGAUCCCGAGUCAACUCCACCCAGUUGCUGUGUUCCCUCCAAACUUAGCCCCAUUAGCAUUUUAUACAUUGACUCGGGAAAUAAUGUGGUUUACAAGCAAUACGAGGAUAUGGUGGUAGAAUCCUGUGGCUGCAGGUAGCAGCUGGCCAUGCCAGUGCCAUAUUGAAACACAAGGAACAUUUAUUGUUAAUAUUUUUUUUUUAAAGGAACACUUCAAAAUGUCUGAUGCUGUGUUUGUUUGUAUAUAUGUGAUUAUUUUAUAAGUGGGUUUCUUUAGUUUAUAUGUAUGGUUACACGGUGCCAGAGUCCUGGAUGAACUUUCUAUUUUAAAGUUAAACCAAAGCCAAA